AUGCGGAAGUAUGGUAAAGUAUUGCCGAAAAUUGCAAAAAAUACAUUAUCAUUACCAUUUAUAAACAAACAUCAAAAUAAACCUAAUUACUUAAUAACGGAAGUAAUUAAUGAUUGUAAAACAUUCUAUAUUUUUUAUUUUACCUUGCCUGUUAAUUAUAAGGCUGAGGAUAACGAGGUAAGGUGA